CGUCGGCUUCGUUACAACAUUUAUUUUCCCCAGUCAACACCCCCGUCAACAACCAUAAAUAACAUAAUAUUCAACUCCCGUCUCGCCGGUACGGUACUACCAAUAUGGCACCGCCCCAAGAAGACCUUGUUGAUGAAGAACCGCCCACCGUUGAACCAUACACGGUCUUAGGUAUAUCCAAAGACGCGACUGCUGAUGAAGUCAAGUCCGCAUAUCGCAGAGCCGCUUUGAGGCACCAUCCAGACAAAGCCCCCGCAGACCUCAAGGACGAAGCCAAAACCAAAUUCCAAGAGAUUGCCUUCGCAUACGCUAUUCUUUCUGACCCGGUCCGACGAAAGCGCUACGAUGUUACUGGCUCAACCUCCGAGUCCAUCGAUUUCGACGACUUCAGUUGGAGCGACUUUUACCAAGAGCAGUUCCGGGACGUGGUGACAUCUGAAGCCAUCGAGAAGUUCUCCAAGGAGUACAAGGGCUCUGUCGAGGAGAAAGAUGCUGUCCUGGAGGCAUUCAAGAAAUUUAAAGGCAAAUGGGACGGGAUUUAUAGCACGGUCAUGUUGAGCGACCCCUUGGAGGAUGAGGAUCGGUUUAGGGCAAUCAUUGACGAGGCUAUUGCGAAGGGGGAGGUCCAGGCAUAUAAGGCUUAUACGGAGGAGACAACAAAGGCUAAGGAGGCGAGGUUCAAAGCUGCUAGGAGCGAGGGAGAGGAAGCCAUGGCUUAUGCCAAAGAGCUGGGAAUCGAAGAGAAGCUUUUCGGAAAGGGAAAAGGUGGGAAGAAAGAGAACGGCGAAGGCGCCUUGGCUGCCUUGAUCAAGAAGAACCAGGCCGGACGAAGCUCAUUCCUCGAUAAUUUAGAGGCCAAAUACGCUGGUAAUAGCAAGAAGUCAAAGGGCAAGAGAAGCAAGAAACGGGGUUCGGAGGAUGAGGAAGACGAAGACGGUAUGCCCUCGGAGGAAGCAUUCCAGAAGGCCGCGGCCAAGCUCAAGAACGGGAAGGCUGCCGCCGGAGGUGAAGCAUCGGAGGGACGAAAGGCAAAGCGAGCGAAGCGCUGAGUAGUACUGGGAGUUUUCAGCCAUGUAACUUUACAGGGAGUUCCGGGAAUGGGAGGGAAUGCGAUGAGAGUGGCGUCUCCAUGGCAGUUAUAUUUGGUCCUUGAUACCACAGAAAUGGGAACAUGCAU